AUGUUGGGGCAUUUAAGGGAGGAGGAGACCGUCACAGACAGAAGACACAGCAGCACCACUUGCCUGUUGCCUCCGUGCUGCAUCAGCCAGGAGAAGCAGGGAAUCAUGUCCACCUUGGGGCUGCUGCUCCCACUCCUGCUGCUGCUGGCUUUGUCCCCACUGCAGACUUCCUCACUGCCAAAGCCCCACACCCUGCAGGAUAAGAUCACCAUCGCUAAUGAGAUCCUGUCCUCGCUGGACCGAGCCAUGGUCUUCUUGGAGGAGAAACCCUGGUAUUUCACUACCACUAGCAUGAUGGCUCUCCGCAUACUGCACGUGGAGCUCAAAGGGGUUUACUAUACAUGGGUGCAGAUAACCCAGCUGCGGCCAGUGGCACGCCGUGCGGAAUAUCUGUCCAAGAAGCUGGUGAUUCUCCUCCAAAGGGCCACCGACAUCCUCAAAGUGACGGCUCCCGACCAUCUACAAGUCUUCCAGCCAGCCUUCAAGAUGGGAUUCUGGAAGCUCAUUGGAGCCUGGAUCCAGACCAAUGCCUCCCUGGUCUACAACAUGUCCCAGUCCCCAAUUGUUAUGGAGAAUGAUCCCACCAACCAGUGCCUAAAGGAGCUUCUGGGAACUAGAUCAAACAUCAGCAAGCCCUGCAGCUACUCACAGUUCUGCAGGAACCUGGUCACUCUGCCCGUCUACUCAGGCAACUAUAUGAACCACCAGCUGCUCUACUUCCUCAUCUCCAGAAUGAUUGGAUGCACAGAGGGGAUGUUCGAAAAAACUGAAGACUACAUGAACCUCUUCUGCUCCAACUUGAUGGGCAUCAAUGCAAAAAUUGAAACUGGAAAAUACCAGUACUCCUUCCGUGACACAUUUUUAGAAAACACCCAUCCAUCACUCAGGACUGUGUCCACCUCUCGCAUCCAUACCACUGUGUCCUUUGUGACCCAGCUGCAGCAGUCAUGA